CCUCUCUCCCUUGUUCCCCUCCAUCCCAUAACCAACGCCUCCCUCACACACAGACACACAUUACUAUAGACACUGAUAAAAAGAGAUCUACUCAGUGUUCCUCCGAAGAACCUUCACCACAUUCACCCGCAAAAUGGCCCCUAUCGAACGCAUCACGCUCUUCAAGAUCCCCAAUGAUGCGGACCGCGAUCGCGUCCUAGAGCAGUAUAAGGUUUUGGCUAAGACGGCUGUUAAGGACGGAAAACCCUACAUCCUCAGCUCGGCCGCGGGAGCCUCCAUCCCGGAUGAGCGCAACCAGGGCUGGAAUCUGUCUGUGAAGACGACGUUCGCGUCCCUGGAGGAUAUGGUUUACUAUGAUGAGCAGUGUGAGGCGCAUAAGGCGUUGAAGGCGGUUGUGGGACCUGUUAGGACGGAUAAGUUGACGACGUUUUUUGAGAGUGUGUUGUAGGAUUUUUUUUUCCUCUUUCAUAUUUAUGUUCUAUUAUAAUUGUCAGUAUGUUUUUCAUGUAUAGAUGAUGAUAGGCUACUGCUGGUUGGUUUGAUUCAUGGUAUACAUCUAUUGGGUUCAUGCCACUACUUCACACACUUGGUUCUGUUCGGCACUUGAAACAAUAAUGUCAUCAUGUCACAAUGGGGAGAGGAAAAAGGGUCGGUCAGUUCGGUAUGUGUCAUGAAGUGAGUGCUAGCCAUGUUGUUGCUGCCGCUGCUGCUGCUGAUAACAUAAGAGAGA